UCUAAACCGCAAAUAAACACGAUAAGAUAGGCAACCGUAAACAAAUUCCCAAAAAACCUAAUCUUAUCGGCCAACCAAUUUAUAACCCCGAUUUAGCCCCAAAAAAAAUCAUUCCUUUUCAAAAAUUGUGAAGUGUGCCACAAUGAUCGUAACAGAAGAUAUUUUCGAUAAUUUUAAAGACUCUGAAGGUCAAAUAAUUCCUAUAAAACGCUACACUUGGCGAAAUUGCAAUGGAAUAACCGUUCAAGUGAUCGCUUAUGGGUCAACAAUAACGUCGAUUCAAAUUCCGGAUAAAAAUGGCGUUUUUGGUGAUAUUGUUAUGGGGUUUGAUGAUAUGGCGGGAUAUCGAAAUUCUUUAAACCCUUAUUUUGGCGCGACUGUUGGUCGAGUGGCGAAUCGAGUUGGUUACGCUCGAUUUUUUAUCGGCGAUCAACAAUAUCAAAUAUCGGCGAAUUAUAAUAAUACUCAUCAACUUCAUGGUGGGUUUAAAGGUUUUGAUAAAGUCGUUUGGGAAUCUUUUAAAAACGGGGAUGAAGUUGUGAUGAGUUAUGAUUCGAAGGAUUUAGAAGAAGGUUAUCCCGGAAACGUUUUAGUUAAUGUUACAUAUUGUUUAACGGAUGAUAACGAUUUUAUCAUCGAUUUUAAAGCGACCACCACAAAACCGACGUUUAUCAAUUUAACAAAUCAUUCGUAUUUUAAUUUAGCUGGACACGAUAAAGGUGCUGUUGAAUUAUACAAACACGUUAUUAAUAUAAACGCUGAUAAAACAACCGAUGUUGAUCAAGAUUCUAUUCCUACCGGAAAACUUUUAAAUGUUGCUGGAACGAUUUUUGACCUACAAAUUCCUAAGAUAUUAGGAGACGUUAUUCAUAAAAUUCCUGGAUAUAGCGGUUACGACCAUAAUUUUUGCAUCAAUAAAGGUGUUAAACAAGAAGAAGGAUUUAUUGCUAGGGUUUGUCAUCCACCGAGCGGGAGGACACUCGAAAUUUAUGGUAAGCAACCUCGUGUUCAAUUUUAUACUUCCAAUUUUUUACCUGGUCAAUCAAAACCGGGUGAUGUUAUAACAGGAAAGGGGUCUGCGAAUUAUUACAAACACGGAGCUCUCUGUUUGGAAACUCAAAAUUACCCAGACGCCGCUAAUCACAACAACUUUCCAAAGUCGAUUUAUAACCCAGGGGAAACAUAUCAUCACAGAAUCGUAUACAAAUUCUACAUAACAACAUAAAAAUAUUGUUAUUGCUAAAAUAUUGUUUAUUAUUGUAAAGAAGGGAUACGUAAUAAACUUAUUA